CUUUACCUUAUUGUUUCUUGUGCUGUGUUAUAGCAGCAUAUUUUCACCUUGAUCAAUUAUUACAUCGAAACGCAUUGAAAUACCGAAGGGAGUCAUGAUCGAGGUGAAUCUGCACGGUUCAAACUAGAGGAUAUUGGCACAGUUAAAUAUUUCUUAGGCCUAGAGAUUGCACGAUCGCCUAUCUAUCGAAAGAAAUUUACUUUGGAAACAUGGGUUUCAUGGGACAAAACCAGUCACAGCCUUUAUGGAGUCUAAUCACAAAUUGAGCAAGAUCAGGGAUGAAGAUAGAUUGACUGAUCUUACAAGUUACAGGCAAUUGAUUGGGAAAUUAUUGUGCCUGACCUUUAUUAGGCAAGAUAUAUCUUAUGCAGUGCAAGUUGUCUCAAUUCAUUGACAAACCUGAACAUGAACAUCUGGUGAAAGCAGCACCAGGUCAAGACAUAUUGAUGAAAUCAAAUUGCAAUUUGUGUAUUUCUGCUAACUUAGAUAGUGAAUCCGCGGAACGAGCAAGGGAGCUCUUUGAGCAUACUGUUCAAAUGGUUUGCACAUUAUGAUCUUUCUACCUAAACUGUAUAUUUGACUUGAAUGAUGCUCUGAAUUAUCAAUGAUCUCUGAUGCUGAUUUUAACAUCAAUUUUUCCUCAUUUUUACCGGGCACCUGCAGAUGCGUUAAACCCCCUGUAUCUUCAAUUUGCAAAGCCGGAGGAGGAUUAUGGGCUUGCAAAGCGAGCUAUGGAGGUAUAUGAUCAAGCAACGAAGGCUGUUCCAAAUCACGAAAAGCUUGGCAUGUAUGAGAUUUACAUUGCCCGUGCAGCUGGAAUCUCUGGUGUUCCAAAAACGAGAGAAAUUUAUGAGCAGGCAAUAGAGUCUGGUCUUCCAGAUAAAGACACGAAGACAAUGUGUUUGAGAUACGCAGAGUCAGAAAAUAGCUUAGGAGAAAUUGAUUGUGCUCGUGGAAUAUAUGUAUUUGCAUCUCAGUUUGCAGACCCAUGCCCUGACGCUGAUUUUUGGGAUGAAUGGCGAGGGUUUGAGGUGCAACAUGGAAAUGGAGAUACCUUCACGGAGUGUUUCUGCAAGAUAAGAGCCAGGCACAUCCAAUGAAGAGCAAAAGAGGGAAGUGAUGCAAUCAUGAGACACGCAAUGCUCCAAUUUCCGUUGACAAAGAAAGGUUAAGAUGGAUUUCUUCAACUUGAAUUGGGGCCUACGUAGUUCAAUCAUACUCUUCUCUGACAAUUGAUAUAUCAAGCUUUAAGAUACAGCAAUACUUCGCCGCAAAGCUUGACCUUAAAGAAAGAGUUAAUGCUAGUGCUAUGAAAACAAAUUA